AUGUCGACCGCCCCUGCAUACAGUGAAGACAAGGGCGGCUCCGCUGGCCCUGGAGAGCCCGAGUACGGCCACGACCCGGCGAGCGGCGGCAUCUUCUCCUCCGACUACAAGCGGCAUGAUGAUCUGAAAGAGAUGUUGGACACCAACAAGGAUUCCCUCAAGCUAGAGGCCAUGAAGAGGAUUGUGGCGAUGAUUGCCCGUGGGAAGAAUGCCUCAGACCUGUUUCCUGCUGUGGUGAAGAACGUGGCCUGUAAGAAUAUAGAGGUGAAGAAGCUUGUCUAUGUGUACCUGGUGCGCUACGCUGAGGAACAGCAAGACCUGGCUCUGCUGUCUAUCUCCACCUUCCAACGUGGCCUAAAGGAUCCCAACCAACUGAUUCGUGCCAGUGCCCUCCGCGUCCUUUCUAGCAUCCGUGUGCCCAUUAUAGUGCCCAUCAUGAUGCUAGCCAUCAAGGAAGCUGCCUCAGACAUGUCACCCUAUGUGCGGAAAACUGCUGCCCAUGCCAUCCCUAAACUCUACAGUUUGGACUCUGACCAGAAGGACCAACUAAUUCCUUCCUGUUCACUUUCUCUUGCCUUUGUUUCCCAGCUGGUGGCAGGCAGCGUGGUGAUGGCUUUCGAGGAGGUAUGCCCAGAGCGCAUCGACCUGAUUCACAAAAACUACCGGAAACUCUGUAAUUUGCUCAUUGACGUGGAGGAAUGGGGCCAGGUGGUCAUCAUCAGCAUGCUCACCCGCUAUGCCCGCACACAGUUCCUGAGUCCCACCCAGAACGAAUCCCUGCUAGAGGAGAACCCUGAGAAAGCCUUCUAUGGCUCAGAGGAAGACGAGGCCAAGGGCACUGGGUCUGAGGAGGCGACUGCCACUCCACUACCCGCUCGAAAGCCCUAUGUCAUGGAUCCUGAUCACCGGCUUCUGCUACGCAACACCAAGCCACUGCUGCAGAGCCGCAGUGCUGCGGUGGUGAUGGCAGUGGCACAGCUCUACUUCCACCUGGCACCCAAGGCAGAGGUGGGCGUCAUCGCCAAGGCACUAGUGCGCCUGUUGCGAAGCCACAGCGAGGUGCAGUACGUAGUACUCCAGAAUGUGGCCACCAUGUCCAUCAAGCGCCGGGGUAUGUUUGAGCCUUACCUGAAGAGCUUCUACAUCAGGUCCACUGAUCCCACCCAGAUUAAGAUCCUAAAGCUAGAAGUGUUGACUAACCUGGCCAAUGAAACCAACAUUCCUACUGUCCUACGGGAAUUUCAGACUUACAUUCGAAGCAUGGACAAAGACUUUGUGGCAGCCACCAUCCAGGCCAUUGGGCGCUGUGCAACUAACAUAGGCCGAGUUCGUGACACCUGCCUCAAUGGUCUAGUGCAGCUUCUAUCCAACCGUGAUGAGCUUGUGGUCGCAGAGUCAGUGGUGGUCAUUAAAAAGCUGCUUCAGAUGCAGCCAGCACAGCAUGGAGAGAUCAUCAAACACCUGGCAAAGCUCACAGACAACAUCCAGGUGCCCAUGGCACGAGCCAGCAUACUGUGGCUCAUCGGAGAGUACUGUGAGCAUGUCCCCAGGAUGGCACCUGAUGUUCUGAGAAAAAUGGCCAAGUCAUUCACAGCAGAGGAGGACAUUGUUAAGCUACAGGUCAUCAACCUGGCAGCCAAGCUUUACCUGACCAACUCUAAGCAGACCAAGCUGCUGACCCAAUAUGUGCUGAGUCUGGCCAAAUAUGACCAGAACUACGACAUCCGAGACCGAGCACGCUUCACCCGGCAGCUCAUUGUCCCUUCAGAGCAGGGUGGGGCCCUCAGCCGCCAUGCCAAGAAGCUCUUCCUGGCACCCAAGCCAGCCCCAGUCUUGGAGUCAUCCUUCAAAGACCGGGACCACUUCCAACUGGGCUCACUAUCCCACCUGCUCAAUGCCAAGGCCACAGGAUACCAGGAGCUUCCAGACUGGCCAGAGGAAGCCCCUGACCCGUCUGUGCGCAAUGUGGAGGAAGAAGACCUCUCCCUUAUUGAGACCCACGUGGGCCUGUUGGGCGAAUACACUGAGGUACCUGAAUGGACCAAGUGCUCAAACCGGGAGAAAAGGAAGGAGAAGGAAAAGCCCUUCUACUCAGACUCUGAGGGGGAAUCUGGCCCCACAGAGUCUGCAGACAGUGAGCCUGAAUCUGAGAGUGAAUCGGACAGUAAGAGCAGCAGUGAGAGUGGCUCUGGGGAGUCUAGCAGUGAGUCUGACAAUGAAGACCAGGAUGAGGAUGAGGACAAAGGGAGAGGCAGUGAGAGUGAACAGAGUGAGGAGGAAGGUGAGAAGAAGAAGAGAAAGAAGAGGAAGAAGUUGCCAGAGGGACAUGGAGAAGACUCAUCCUCAGAUGAGGACAGUGAUUCCAGCAGUAGCUCCUCAGAGUCCGAGGUGACUUCAGAGUCUGAGGAGGAGCAAGAUGAACCUGCCUCCUGGAAGAGGAAAACACCUCCCAGCAGCAAAAGUGCCCCAGCAGCCAAGGAGAUCUCCUUGCUUGAUCUAGAGGACUUCACCCCUCCCAGCAUCCAGCCUGUGUCUCCUCCCACGGUUGUGUCCACUAGUCUGGCUGCUGACCUGGAGGGCCUGACACUCACAGACUCCUCUCUGGUACCUUCGCUGCUGAGUCCAGUGCCGGGUGUUGGCAGACAAGAGCUGCUGCACAGAGUAGCUGGCGAGGGGCUGGCUGUGGACUAUGCCUUCAGCCGCCAACCUUUCUCCGGGGAUCCCCACAUGGUGUCUGUGCACAUCUACUUCUCCAACAGCUCUGAGACUCCCAUCAAGGGCCUACAUGUGGGCACCCCCAAACUGCCUGCUGGCAUCAGCAUCCAAGAAUUUCCAGAAAUUGAGUCGCUGGCACCUGGAGAAUCUGCCACUGCUAUAAUGGGCAUUAAUUUCUGUGACUCAACCCAGGCAGCCAACUUCCAGCUGUGCACCCAAACCCGACAGUUCUACGUCUCCAUUCAGCCACCUGUUGGGGAGCUUAUGGCCCCUGUAUUCAUGAGUGAGAAUGAAUUCAAGAAGGAGCAGGGAAAGCUGACUGGCAUGAAUGAGAUCACAGAGAAACUCACGCUGCCAGAUGCCUGUCGAAGUGACCACAUAGUGGUACAGAAAGUGACUGCCACUGCCAACCUGGGUCGUGUUCCUUGCGGGACAUCUGAUGAGUAUAGGUUUGCAGGGAGGACACUGACCAGUGGGAGCCUGGUUCUGCUGACUCUGGAUGCCCGGCCAACUGGAACUGCCCAGCUGAUUGUCAACAGUGAGAAGAUGGUAAUUGGUACCAUGCUGGUGAAGGAUGUUAUUCAAGCUCUCACCCAGUAACUCCCAAAUGCUGUGAUGCUGAGACCUCUUUGGUCCUCACAUACCCUUCCUCCAUGACAUCUAAGCUAUUAGUCCCUUUCUUUCUCUUUCUUUGUGUCCUAUCAGCUUCCUCAUGCCAGAUAGCAUCUGGAAUGGGGUCUUCUCUCCCUCAGUAGUCUUUACUAUGCCUUCCCCCAAACCCUUCCUCAUGGGUUCCUCAGUGACCUGUGCAGAGGGAGACAGUAUCUGCUGUCUUCAGCCCUUCCAGCUUUCUGUAGCUAUU